CUUUUUUUUUUUUUUCAUCGAACACAACAACCCCUUUGACUUAAAAAUAGCGCAAAUUACACUUACGUUCUCGGGAUAAAAUCCGAGAACUCAAAAAGGUUCGUUCUAUAAGAGAGAGUGUGGUAAAAAAUUGAGAAACGAACACUGAAACAAAGAGAGCUCAUGGCCACUGAAGGAGAAGCGACGUUCUCCGCGGCCGCGACCGCGACGGCGACGUCGAGCUAUCCGACGGGAGGUGUUGGUGGCAAAUUGAAGCGGCAAUCCGCGAGGAGGCAUGCGGCGACGCCGUAUUCUCGACCACCACAGAACCAGUUACAACGGAGGCCGUGGAUCUCGAGAAUCGUCGAUCCUGCUUAUCGGAUUAUUUCCGGCGGCGCUACGAGAAUACUUCCAUAUUUCUUCUCUAAAGCCACCUCCCCUCCUGCUCUUACUGCUCCAGAGGAUCAAGAUCAACAUCAAGGUGAGUUGCAGAAUGGUCCACUAGACAAUGAUACCAGUGUAACCCCAAGUUUAAAUAAACCGGAGUCAGCAUCAAUUGAAGUGGGAGGUCCUAGUGGUACAGCAAACGUGAACGAAGGCAAUUUCAGUAUCAGUGCACAGGGAAGAGGGAAAGCAGCUUUAAAUGACGCCGUUGCAAUCUCGGAGCUUGAAAGGCUAAUGGAAGGAAAAACAUUUUCACAGGCUGAAACUGAUCGUCUCAUAGAGAUACUAAGUUCAAGGGCUAUUGAUCUACCUGAUGUCAAGAGAGACGAGAGAAAUUCGGAGAUUCCUUUGAGAGAGGGAGCCAAAAAAAAUAUGAGUUUGUAUGAUAAGACAAGAGAUCCCAUUGGUGUCAAGGAUUCUAAUAGUGAACUAUGGGCUACACCAGCCCCACUUGCCAAGUCAAUAAUUUUUGACGGAGACAAACAGAUACAAGAUGAAGUUGGUCUUUCACCGGCAGAACUUGCUAAGGCAUAUAUGGGAGGUCAGACAUCAUCAACUAGUUCCCAAGGUUUUGUAGCAAGAAAUGAAAAGGAUAGUUUAGAUAGGAGUAUGCUUGUAGGAAAAUCAUCACUUGCAUCACCAUCAAGCAAGCCUUCUGCUUGUUGGCCUGGUAUCAAGUCAAGUGAGCAAUCUGGUUUUGCAACUCCUCAAAGCCGAAGAGAAAGCUAUGGGCUUCAAAAUUUUCCAAGGACCCCAUAUUCUAGAACCAUCCUUUCAAAUUCUAAGUCAAAGUUGAUGCAAUUGCAGAACGAUAGUAGCAAGCGCCUAAGCAACCUCCAGUCUCCCUCUCAAAGUGUGGAGACAAGAUAUGGCCAGCUUAGCAAGGGAAGGGAUGGUGGACUCUUUGGACCCAGUAGAAGAUCUCGUCAGAGCGCCACGCCGACCAUGGUGUCUCCUUAUUCACGACCUUCCCGUGGUAUAUCUCGUUUUGAAAAUUCUGCUAUUAUGAAGAGCUCUGAAGCAGGGGAAUCGAGUUACCUAUCUAGGUCCCAGACAACAACUUACGGUAAGCAUAAAGAGUCAGAAGUUGGUACCCCGAUUGUGCCUACACAUUCUAGUCAGAUUGCUAGGACAAUAUUGGAUCACCUUGAACGGACACAAUCCCAAUCCACCCCGAAAAAUAAAUCUUCUGAGUUAAAGCUUGCCACUUCCUGGAGAUAUCCACAGUCUUCGAAAACCGUUGAACAAAGCAGCUCGGACGUCAACAAUGUGAAAAAGGAUGGCUCAGCUAAAUUGAAUGAAGAUAUCCAGAACAUUUUCUCUCAGAAUCUGUCGUCCUCUGUGCUUAAACAACCCGCAACUACCACUGGUGACACUCAAAAUGGAAUGAACAAGACCGCUUCAGCGUCAAAUGGAAUAUUCCGUGGAACACAAACAGCCAGUCCCGCACUCCAAUAUGAGUUAGGGAAGCCUAAGGGUUCUCUUUCCAGAAGCACACAUGAUGAGGUGGUUACUUCUUCUCGGGACUCUGCAAAAGCUGUUCCCUAUUCUUUUGGAGGCGAAACUGCAAAUCUCUCCAAACCACCAUCUCACUCACUGGGAAAUAACAAACCGGUACUUCCAUCGAUCUCAGUAGCCAAGCCCUUCCAAAAAUGGGCAGUCCCUUCAGGCUCAAACGCUGGCUUCACAUUCCCGGUCUCGUCAUCUGAUGGAGCAACAUCAUCAGAGCCCACAACUCCAUCCAUCAUGCCCUUCACAGCAAGCCCAGCAGCAAGUGGUGGUGGUGUUGCCAUUACAAAUCAUCACGAAGCUAGAAAAGAUGACGAGAUUCCUCAAUUUAGUUUCGACGGCAACAGAGGAGGAGAUAAGUCACCCCUGGUGUUUGCGUUUCCCUCAAUGAGCGAAGAGGUGGUCAAUGAGGAUGAUGAUGCGAGGUUAAAUAUCAAAUACACAUUUGGGUCAGAAAAUCCGGAGAGAAUAUCGUUCAGCUCAGCAGGAAGUGAUGGUGUUUGCUGUUAAAGACAAGGACAACGGUCUCUGUCUCUUGCAUGUUUUCCAAUAUAAUUUUUUUUGUUGUCUCGAAUUGUUUUACUUUUUUACUUUGGGAGUGGAAUUUUGUGCCUAGAUCAUUGGUUUUGAUUUCUCUAUUCAUUUGAGAUGAUUGAUUUCUUU